AAUUCAUUCUGCUCGCUCUUCCAGGGCUACGAACGGCUGCUUGCCUGCCUGCCUGCCCGCCCGCCAAGCUAAACAGAAUUAUUCUACUACUUUUACGCCGGACGAGAAAACCCUUCUGCGGCUCUUUUACUCCUUUCUUGAGAAGGGAAGCAUCACGUCGGGCGGCAGACUUUACCAGCGCCUGGAAAGUCGCCUCUUCCUGCCUGAACGCAAAACGACCUUCCCGCUGAAGUGCGCGAAGGGCUUCCUGCCCCUUUGACCCCAACGAGCCAGGCAGGUGAUUUUUGAAGGGAGGUGGGGGGGGAAGAGGCCGGUUCUGAGCGCGAAUAUUACCCUCGAAGUCCGUGGGUUUUCCUCCCAGGAAAGUGGAUGCAGCCCACGGGCGCUUUAUCUCCGUUUACUAACUUGGGGAAGAACUCAAGAAGAUGAUGGGUAGCUCGGAGAGCAUGGAAUCUACCCAACUCACCCUUCCGAAGCACAUUCUGGACAUUUGGGCCAUUGUCUUAAUCAUUCUGGGUACCAUUGUCAUCAUGACUUUACUAGUAUUGUGCCCAGCAACGACGGUGAUUAUUUAUAGGGUUUGGACACACCCUAUGCAUCACAAUGGUGCCGAGUGAGAUUGGCCUCCUUGUCGCUGUUUGGACUCUGCUUUUGAGGAACACAGGCCAAGCGCAACAGGAAAAGCAGCUGAAUUAUCUGGCAGUUUUCAAGAUUAGGCUGAGCCCUGAGCAGGCAUUGGUAAAUUGUCAACAGAGAUAUAGUAGCAACACAUCUGCUGUCAGCAUGUGAUAAGAAUGCUACAGCUCACAAAAUGUAUCUUCGAGUGCCUGGUUAUCUAUUUGGCUUAUGUCCACAGAACAUUACAUCCUGGACUUUAUAUCCACUUGUGGAAUGAGCUAAACUGCUGCAGAAUUCCAGAUCCUUCCAGUUUUGAUUUCUGGCAUGUGUACCUCAUUCAAAACAAGCCUUCAUGUUUACAGAGCAAACUAUUCCAAGGGAAAAAGGAGAUGGCAGAAUAACAGUGCUUAAGAAGAGGACACCUUAAGUUAAAUUUAAGUAGUGACUGCUUUGCAUAAGCAAUUUGCUUUAUCUGAUCCAGACAAUCUUCAUUCCACACAGAUCAGAUGAGAUCUUAGCUGAUAUAUUUGUGGUCCAUCUUUUCUUCGAGCAUCCUCUGUUUCAAGCAGCACCAGUUAAAGAGAAUUAAAAGGGAGAAAUGAGAAGUCAGCGGAUAAGUGAUUGGUGGAAAUCAUGUUUGGUAUCUACUGCAGUGGAACAGUACAUUCAUAAAGGGAGGUUUAUUUUAAAGAAAUUGAAUGAACAUAAUAUAGGGAAAGAGAAGAGAGAGGCUAAGAUUCUAGAAAAAAUAUUUUACUGUCAGAGAUUGGUAUAGGAGAAAGUAAAAUAAAAAAACUUUUCAUUUGUGAAAUUAGAUUUCGUGAUAGGAAGGUCUAUCUCAAAAAUAUUUUACAGUUACUGUGCUAUACAAGUAUUAUUAUGAUGGAGUUGUUGUUUUUUAAUUUUAGGAGAUAGAUUCCGAUCAUUAAACCUUUUAAAAAUAUGUUCUCUUUUUAGUAAUUGGCUUCUUAGAAGUACUAGUAGAUUCCUUCAAAUGGUUGGAACAAAAUCAUUCUGAUUUCUUGGUGACAGCCAGUCUACACAUUUCAUUUACCUGGCUGAUAGAAUAAUUUGCAUUUUCAUGAACCAGGCAAUGUAAUGUCCUUUCUCUUUCUCCCAUAGUUAAUGGUGUCAGGAAUGAACACAUUCGAGUCACACUUGUUUUCCAUUCCCUUGUACAGUAGAGCUGAUAGCCUCUCAUUCACAGAGUUAUUAUACUCUAAGAAUUACAGAGAACAGAAACAUUUAGCAGGGAUUUUGGUUCUUGUCUUAAAGGAAAUGUUUUGGUAGGUGAAAAAUACUGCAGUGUUUAAUAAAUGACACAAUCAAUAGUCAUAUACAUAUCAACUGACACUGAAUUCAUUUCCAGUCAACAUAUCAUGAGAAAAUUGUUAUAUUAAAUUACAGUAUUAUACAGUGCCGUGUAAUAAACAGUAUUGAUGCCUGUCUCU